GGGGGACUACCGUGACGGAGCUUUUUGAUGAACUUGUGCUGUAACCGAGUGGACCGUUAUUAUUGUCUCAGUGCCCGGACCCAGUACAACCGUCAGAGCGUUUUUGCGGGGAUAAAGGAUAAAGGACAUAUCCAGCCAAAAUGUCGAAGGUGGAAGGAGGAAUGAAGUGUGUGAAAUACCUUUUGUUCGUGUUCAACUUUAUAUUCUGGUUGAUGGGAUCCUUUGUUCUGGCAGUGGGACUUUGGCUGCGUUUUGACCCAGAAACUGUUUCUCUUCUCAAUGGUGAUAAGGCUCCAGACACUUUCUUCAUUGGUGUGUAUAUCCUGAUCGGUGCUGGCAGUCUGGUGAUGUUAGUUGGUUUUUUUGGCUGCUGUGGAGCUGUUCGGGAAUCUCAAUGCCUGCUGGGUUCAUUCUUCACCUGUCUGUUGAUCAUCUUCUGUGCUGAGGUGGCAGCAGGGGUGUUUGGAUUCCUGAACAAAGACAAGAUUAUCAAAGAUGUCCAGACUUUCUACACAACCAACUACAAUGAAAACAUUAACGGCACAUUGAUCAUCUCAUACCAGAAAGUACUGAACUGUUGUGGAACCGCAGAAAACCCCUGCCUUGACCCCACAAAAGAUACUAAGGACUGUGAGACAGGCAUUGAGGAGUUUUUCAACACUAAACUCUACAUCAUUGGAUACGUGGGCAUUGGCAUCGCUGGAGUCAUGAUUAUUGGGAUGAUCUUCAGUAUGGUGCUCUGUUGUGCCAUUCGCAACAGCAGGGAGGUCAUCUAAGUGUGACCUCUGCCCUUCCUGCCCCGAAAGACUGUACAGCCUUCAGAUCAAAUGACAACAUUUGUCAAUCCAGGGACCCAGGCAGUAAUUAGAUUAUGUCAAAUCCUUUCCACUGUGAUGCCUAAACCAGCUCUCUUAUUUCUUUAUUUGCAGUCACAAGCCAAGUAACAUGCUCUUCCUUCAACACAUUCAGAUAAGACUUAGUCCACAUAUCCAGUGGGAGCAGCAUGAUUUCAUGACCGGACAAUCUGUCAAAUUGUUUUUCCUCAUGGCCAUUUGGCAAACGUUACACUUUUUAACCCACAUACUGUCACAGUAGUGUCAAUGCUUUUUCACACAGCCUUGACACUGACCCCUUGGUUGUGGGAAACUGUAGCACAGGGAGAGCAAUCUGAGGUGAAAGCAGCUGAGUUUGCUUAUCUGUGUUUAUCUGUCUCGUAGGUAAGAAAAUCCUGAUUGGUGGAAUCAGAGCGUGGUGUCAAGAGAGGGAAUGGCCAAUGAAUGUGUUGGGAAAGCAUCCAUCAUGCAGGCCUAGCGCUCUUACUCCUACACAUACAGUAUCUGUAAACUGUACGAUCAAACCCGAUUGUUUCUAGAAACACAGUCAUUAUAUUAAAGGAAUAGUUAAAAAAGAUGCUUAUUCACGUUCUUGCUAUGAGUUUGAUUAGCUGAUUGAUAGCACAAUGUCAAUGUUGGUCAAUCUCGGCUGCAGCCCAGAGUUGGUUAGAUGACCACAAAUAACGGAAACAAGGCUCUAUUGUCUUUAUGCUAUGGUUAACUUAACUCAGGUACUACAACAGGCUGUAGCUUUAUAUUUACUUAACAAACGUAGGAGUGGUCUCGAUAUCCUAAUCUUUGAAAGAAAGUGAAUAUGUAUCAUUUAUAUCUAUUCUUUUAGGCAACUAUAUGCCUAUACACAUUCAAGUCUUUUACAAUUCAUGCAUACUUAAUUUUUUUUUAUUUAAACAAUGCCAGUAUGUUGUUCAUUACACAACACAAGCAAGUUUUACACGUCUUAUUAAACUGAAAUUAAUUUUAAAAAGCUGCCUGCAGCAUUAGGAACAGUACAUUGAAAAUCUAAAUCACACACAAACUAAACUAAACACCAAAAGGAAAACUCCCUUGUAUUUAUACACUCUCUUACAUAAGAGGGUAUCUCUGAGUCGCUGUUGAUGACUGUAUGUCAGAAGGUUCAUUUGGAGAUGUUUACAGGCUAAAUAUAUUCUAGUUGGUCAACUGAGAACAACCAGUUGGGCCGAAGAAAUGUGCAUAUCCAAACCAGGUCUUUGAUCUCUCGACACCUCCAUCUUUUUUCCCCCUGUGCCUUUAAAAGUGCACCGCCCACAACAACAAAAAUCUGAGCAAUACCCUCUGCAUUCCUCUAACUCAUCAACCUCAGCAGAUAUGAUAGUCGGACAGACAUGCCCAACCUGGAAUCACUUCCAUUCAUGCAGGUUCAUCGGGCCGCUGUUGAUUCUGUAGGUUUUAUAUUUGGACUCUGGUAUGUAAAUAUAAGUUUUCUUGUAGUUGUACAUUAUUUGUGGUUGAUGUGAUAGAUACUAUUUAACAUGCUGUGUGUAGACAGAAGCUUGCAGUAGUUGUACAUUGUUUAUGUAGUUAUGACCAUGUUUGCAUUAGUCAAACUUCUAAAUGUGCCUUUCUUUGAAGAUGAGCUAUUUUAGAACAUCUUGAUGUCUGAACGUAGCAAAACAUCUUAGCAAAGUGUAAAAAUGUUUGUGGAGCUGGACCGCAAGGAAUUGUCACACACAUUAGACUUGCCAUUAUUAUUGUGGUCUGUCUUAAAGUGUCACACUCAAAAGUGUCUUUUCAGCCAAGAGAGCUGAAGUGGUAAAAGCAACAAUUGAUCUGCCAACUAUUUCAAAAGCCUCUGAUCAAUCUGUGUGGAACACAAGCCCUGGUCAUUUCUUUUACAAUUGAGUGUAACGAGACACAAGAGAUGAGACACCAAAGGCUUGCUUACCACUCCAGCAGGCGGUGUUCAUUCUGAGCGAAGACACACAACAGAGUAACUUUCUCUGGAGUUAAAAUAAGGUUAACUUGGAACAGUUUAGUGCAACUCAAUCCAAAAAGCUGUUGCUGUGUUUCUCAGUUGUAUUUUUGGAGCAAAUCUGGAGAUAUAACGUGAAAAGAAAGUACAAGAAGUCAAGCCUUCUUUUAGUUGAUUGUGUGUUAAUUUAUUUUAAUACCAUUCCAGGCUUCUCAGGAAGAUAUGUGUAUGAAGUUUAAUAAAGCCUUUAAAUUCUA